AUGACUGCCAUCCUUUAAAUAUGCUGAAAAAUGUUCAAAUCGAGUACCCAAGAGUGAAGCGGUCAUAAUCUCAAAACAUUAACAAACAUAGGACAGGGAAGGUAGUCAAUUCACGCUUUUCAAAGCCAAAGAAGCCGGGAAUUGCCUAUAAAGUUAUGACGUCAUCGGGGAAUACUUUAAAAUGGCGGCUCAAGGUUCAAUCAUGGAUAGUGACAGUGAGGAUGAAAUGCCUGCUGGUUGGGAAGAACGAGUGACUCUUGAAGGAAAAGUUUACUAUGCAAAUCACAAUACACAGGGAACUCAGUGGACUCAUCCAGUGUCAGGCAAAAAGAAGAAAGUGGCAGGAGAGUUGCCUUAUGGCUGGGAGAGGAAAGUUGACUCAAGUGGAGUUGUGUUCUAUGUUGAUCACAUUAAUGAGAAGACAACAUUCACUGACCCAAGGCUAGCAUUUGCCCAAGAGGACAAGCCAUAUAAUGGGGAGAUCAUACAGAAAUAUGAUGCAAGCACUAAGGCCAUUGCUGUUUUACAAGGUCGAGAUCUUAGUGGAAAAUACAUUCUUGUGACUGGAGCUAAUUCGGGAAUAGGGUUUGAAACUGUCAAGGCCUUAGCUUUCCAUGGUGCCCAUGUAGUAAUGGCUUGUAGGAACUUCAAGUCUGCAAACGAAUGUAUAGAAAAGAUCAACAGGGAAAGACCCCAGGCUAAAGUACAGUACAUCAACCUUGAUCUUACUUCCCUGAGAUCUGUCCAGCAGUGUGCCAAGACGUAUAUUGAGAGGGGCUGGCCCCUUCAUGUUCUCAUCCUCAAUGCAGGGGUAUUUGGUGUAGCACAUUCUCUAACAGAAGAUGGUUACGAGACAACAUUCCAAGUAAAUCACCUUGGACAUUUCUACCUUACUCAACUAUUUACUCAGUUACUCAUAAAAUCAAACCCUGCCAGAGUGGUGGUUUUGUCAUCAGAGUCCCACAGGUUUUCCACAAUAGAUGAUGUGCUAUCUGAAGCUGUACUCUCUCCAGACAUUAGUAGAUACAGCUCAAUGCGGGCUUAUAAUGACAGUAAACUCUGCAAUGUGCUCUUCAGUAAUGAAUUACAGAGAAGACUGUGUUCGAGUAAUGUAACGUCUAAUGUAGUCCAUCCUGGUAAUUGUAUAAACACCAGAAUCUCCAGACAGUGGUGGAUGUGGCGACUCCUUUUCACUAUACUUAGACCAUUCACUAAAAGUACAGAGCAGGGGGCCAGCACCACUGUGUUCUGUGCAGUCAGCAAAGACCUGGAGGGGGUAGGCGGCAUGUACUGGAAUAAUUGCUGUCAAUGUAUUUCUAGUGAACAAUCAAGAAAUGAGAAAUUGGCAAAAAAGCUUUGGGAUAUUAGUGCAACAAUGAUAGAUAAAGCUGAAAGGACUUUUCCUGUGGAAAGUUCCUGAUUUUUAAACAUUUUUAUUACAUUAUAUUGUAUUGUAUUGUAUAGUGCGGGUCAUUAUAUCAUGUUUUGUGAUUUUGACAUUUUUACUGAUUUUAAGCAUUUGUGAAAUGAUGCUACCAUUAAUUUUUGCUAGUUCAGUUCCAUUUGACUAUAUCUUGCAACUGCUGAAGAUCUUUGCUAUUCAUACUCAUACUUUUUUGCUAAUUUAAAACUAAUGGAAUUUUGUAGCUCCUAUACAUGGAUGAAUCAUGAAAAUGUGAAUGAAGCACAAAAGAUUACUGAGAGUACAGUGCUGUUGUUAAAAAGAUAAUCAUGUAAUUAUAGUAAUAAAUUGUUGAUUUAUUUAA